AUGCCAGAUUCGGCCGCCCAGAAGUCAAACUUGUUUAUUCUGUUUUUUGGCGUUUCCGGAGCUACACGUGUCAUGGCGAGUCGAAUUAGUUUGGACACGGUAGGUUUCAGACGGUUUUCUGUGUUAUUGGAGGAAUACGUUUCGUCGUAUAAAAGUGGGCCACAUUUUCCUCUAUUUUUGUUGUUUUUCUUUAUUUUGAUUUUUUAAUUUUUUAUUAUUGAAAAUUCGCCGUUUAAUUCUACAUCUAAUGUCUGCACAGGGUGCGUCAAUGUAUUUUCAGGAGAUUAAAGUGAGGAAGCGCCUCUCAGCGCUCCUACGAGAUCGGAUCUACGACUAUUUUGGUGGCGUGGACAAGAUCCUUAAGGAUUUGGCCGAUCAGCGUUUGGAACUGGAGGCACAAUGUUCUAAGGCUGGAGAGUUUGAAGGAUGCCUAUUCUCUUUUCGUCUAGAAAUGAGCUGGAUCUAUAAAGAAUCAAGCUCAAGAACUUGUUGUGGAGGACCAGAACAGGAAAGGACAAAUUUUAAAGGAUGUGAAAGAGGUAAGUUUUAUAUUACUAUUGUUAUGUGUUUAAAAAGCUCCUAUAAAAUUGCUGAUUGUUUAAGGAAGGUAAAUAUUAUAACUUUACAUCGUGGGCUUAUGGUGCUAGGUGUUUUAUGUAGGAUAAAAACCUUUAUUGAAGCGAAUUUAGUAUGAACAUAUUAUACGUUUAUUAUACGAUCUUAUAACAGGUGCUUUUAGGCUUUUUUUGCAACAUUAAUAAAGUUAGUACAUUUGAUAGAACCAUGCUUUUUGCAUAGAUAGUUGUGAGUUCAUUUUAAAUAGCUUUAAAUCAACAUAAAUCAAUUUUAAACGGUAAGAAAAGGUUCUAGAGUGUACUGCUGGUCACUUAAGACUAAGCAAAACUAUGAAUUGUGCGUUGGUAGCGCAUUGGCUGUGCCGCCGCUUGCUAUUUGCAAGGACCUUGGUUCGACCCCGUGAGCCGCCCAACCCAAGCGGCUUGAGGAAUGAGUAGCGCUGAGUACACCGGGACUAGGCACAUCUAUAGUUGGCCUACACGAGUAUAUGAUUGAACGCCAGAAUUCUUAUGGAGCACCACACCUACGACUCAGUGACGCGAGAAACAGUGAAAUACCUGGGGAAAGGAACAAUUAUGGGAAACGUCAAACUCAAGGAUAG